UAACACAAAAAAUUCCUAAUAAUUAAGGGGUAUAUCAAAUUAGCUCCAAUGGCUUCGAUUAAGAUUGUCGCCCUAAUUACCAUGGUUGUGAUUCUUCUUCCUACAAUUGCCAUGGCAACGGAGUUCAUCGUUGGAGAUGCUAACGGCUGGAAACCUAAUUUUGACUACCAAGCUUGGGCCAAAGACAAAGUAUUUCAUGUUGGUGAUACACUAGUGUUCAACUACCCGUCCCCACCACACAACGUGUUCAAGGUGAAUGGAACUGGGUUCAAGGAAUGUGUUAAGCCAACAACAAAUGAUCAACCACCACUUACCUCUGGAAACGACAAAAUAGAGCUAAAGACUACUGGAAAUAAAUGGUACAUUUGUUCUACUAGCAACCACUGUGCUUUGGGCCAGAAACUUAACAUCACUGUUAUGGAGGGUCCGCCUGCACCAGCUCCGUCCUCUGCUGUUCGUGGUUUCAUCUUUUCUGGAUACCAAGUCUUCAUGGCCGCCAUUGUUGGAGUUUUCAUAGCUGUUGCUGCCUGAUCUUCAUCUUCAACUCGUCCCCAAAUGCAUAUGCAUAAAAACACACCAAAUUAAGAUACAUACAUUAAUAAAACAUAGUGUUUUUUCUUUGAUUCUAUAAUUAUAAUAAUUUUGUGGAAAAUAAAAUAAGAGAAUUUCGUUCUGUAUUAGAUGCUGAGCUGGCAAUACUGAUGUAAUUGCCCAUCAGAAUCUGCUCUUGUAUCAUGUUUUUGUUUUUGUUUUUGUUUUUUGCUUUUGUUUUGUUUGGAUCAAUUGUAUCAUGUUAUUAGCCAAUGGUGGACUCAUGAAUUUUUUUACAAGUACGCUAAAUUUUAUUUUUUACAAGAGAUAUAUUAUAAGCUUUUUUUUCUCUUGAAACAAAAAUGUAAAUAAAAUUUUAUAAAUCAAACAAUGCCAAAUUAUGA